AGCCGGGUCCCGAAUCUUCAACUAUCCUUGGGCCUUGCAUUCAGCUUUUAAGCUCCUUCAAAAAAUGGGUGCCGCUAUAGCGAAGCUUGGUUCUAGGAGAUGGACCUGACAGGCGCAUUGCUCUCACCUCCUUUCGAUACGGAUUUUGCUUGACAUGGGAAGCUAUUCCCACAGACCGACGUUGCACCCUAGUGUUGUCAAUCUCAACCAAGAACUCGGAUGGGUCCUCUUGGAGAGUCUUGGCUACCUUGGAAUGUCCUGAUUAUGAGAGAAGGCAGGUCGGGGAGAGGUCAGUGUCGAGUAUAAGAACCUAAGUAAUUCCCCGUCUCAUCUAGAUUUACUUUUCCAUCAUCACCAACAACAACAGCAUCAAUCUUCCAAGUCAACCCUCACUUCUGUCUCUUGCACCAUCCACCAGACCUCAAGGUUCUCAAAUCCAACACUACCAUCAAAAUGCAGUUCACUACCUUCAUCGUCAGCUUCAUGGCUUCCGCCGUCCUCGCCACCCCUAGCUAUGGCCCUGAUGGCACCUACUUUGCUUGCAACCCGGGUCUGUACAGCAACGCCCAGUGCUGCGCUACUGAUGUUCUCGGUGUUGCCGACCUUGACUGCGCAACUCCCUCGUCUGAGCUCAUCAACCCCAGCCAGUUCAAGGCAGUCUGCGCUUCUGCUGGUCAACGUGCCCGCUGCUGUGUCCUCCCUGUUGCUGGACAAGCCGUUCUCUGCGAGGCUCCCAUCGGUAUCUAAGUGGUGAUGAUCUGAGAACCAUGGUGGAAGGCUUCUGGCGAAGAACGACAAUCAUGGGACAGAAGCUACCUCGCUAUUCAACACAUCCAGGCCGCCUUUUGGUGCAAUUAUGGGGAGGCCGCGGUCGUAGGAGGUGCAAUGAUGCAGUUGUGAUGGGUUGUCUUUCAAGCUUGUCUUCUCUUCUCAGUAAUUACAUUGAAUAUUAGCGUAUAGUAAUAUCAAGCGCUCGAACCCAAA